AUUUUUUUUCUUUGUUUUUGUUUCUCUCUGAGUCUCUCAUACUACCAAAAAGAAAAUCUCAUCUUUUCUUUCAGAUUAUAACCGACUCUAUUCUUCCCUUUUUCUUUUUUUUUUCUCUUUUCUUUCUCAUGAGUAUUUAGAUGGUGAUGGAGGUGGAACAAAUGAUUUACAAAGGAAUUAAAGGAAGGUAGUUUUGCCAUUAAUGGUGAAUCCAAGAGCUCGAAGUUUAGCUUAGGCUUGGGUUUGGGGUUGGUGUUUGUUUUCAUGGCUACCAGUAGAGGCAAUUACAUGAACCACUCUAUCCAGCUACAACACCACCAACAAAAUAAUCAUCAUCAGCAGCAGCAACAACAACAUCAUCAGCAUCAAAUACAGGAGCAUAAUCAACCUCAUCUAAACCAGAUUCCUUAUGCUAUGAUGCAAUCGUCCUCAUCAUCUUCCAUCCCGGGGAACUUCAUCAGCAGCAGCAAAGAUAGUGGAGCAUAUGAUUUGGGUGAAUUAGAUCAAGCCCUUUUUCUGUAUCUUGAUGGACAAGACACUUCAACUGUUCAAGACCAAAGAAAAUUUAUAUACGCAGAUAACUCUGGAAUGAGGCCUCCGACUUUGAACAUUUUCCCUUCUCAGCCUAUGCACGUUGAGCCGCCAUCGUCAACCAAGACAAAUACAGGAUUGGUUUCACCAGCAACUAGUGGUUCAAAGAGACCAUCAGAGUCGUCCAUGGAGUUGGCCAACGCCAGAAAUGAUACUUUAUCUUCUGCACCCCAUCCACCUGUUAAAGCUGUCAAGAGUGAGGGGAAUCGUAAAGGGCCAACAUCAAGUUCAGAGCAAGAAGGACCCAAAACACCAGAUCCUAAGACAUUGAGGAGACUUGCUCAGAAUAGAGAAGCAGCAAGGAAAAGCAGGCUAAGAAAAAAGGCUUAUGUUCAGCAAUUAGAAUCAAGUAGGAUCAGGCUAACCCAACUGGAACAAGAACUUCAAAGAGCAAGAACUCAAGGCAUGUUUUUCGGUGGUGGCAAUAUCAUAGGAGGAGACCAAGGUCUUCCUGUUGGUAUUAACAACAUAAGCCCAGAUGCUGCCUUGUUUGACAUGGAGUAUACAAGAUGGCUAGAAGAGCAUCAUCGACUAAUGUGCGAGCUUAGGGCAGCAAUUCAAGAGCAUCUACCGGAGAACGAGCUUCGUAUCUUCGUGGACAACUGUUUAGCACACUUGGACCAAGUGAUGAACCUCAAAAGCAUGGUGGCUAAAACGGAUGUCUUUCACCUUGUUUCUGGCAUGUGGAAGACUCCCGCUGAACGAUGUUUCAUGUGGAUGGGGGGUUUUCGCCCAUCUGACCUCAUCAAGGUGAUACUGAAUCAGAUAGAGCCACUGACUGAGCAGCAGAUAAUGGGGAUAUGUGCCUUGCAGCAGUCGACACAGGAAGCUGAAGAAGCUCUAACACAAGGCUUGGAAGCUCUGAACCAAUCUGUUUCUGAUAUUAUAACAUCUGAUUCACUGAGCUGCCCUCCUAAUAUGAAUAACUACAUGGGCCAAAUGGCUGUCGCCAUCAACAAGCUCUCCACCAUUGAAGGUUUUGUUAGACAGGCGGAUAAUCUGAGACAUCAAGCCAUACUCCGAUUACAUCAAAUCCUGACGAUCCGUCAAGCUGCAAGAUGUUUGUUGGCGAUCGCCGAGUACUUCCAUCGCCUAAGAGCUUUGAGCUCUCUCUGGUUGGCUCGACCUCGACAAGACCAAUAAAACCCUAGCUAUUUUAAUUAAAAUUAUUAUUGUCAUAUUUUCCCCUUUCUACAUAGAGAGAUGUAUAGAUAGACUAAUAGUUAAGAAUAGAUUCAAAUUUAAAUUAAAGAAAUAGAAAUCUCUCUCA